CAGCAAGAAGACCUCAGAGAUUAAUUUUAAACAAGAAAGUUCAAGACUUUUUUAUACUAGUCCUGUAACCAAUUGUAGGCAAAAGAUGAUCGAUAGAGACGUUGCACUAGAAGCCUUGGGCACACUUUGCAAUGCCAGUGUAACUAGUACUGAAAGGGUCGGUGCAGGAGCAGCACAGGAUUACCUGUCCAUCAAGACUUUGAUCUCUACAGUCUUGGCAUCAGAGGAAACUUGCCAGGUGUCAAUAUCCAGCCAUGUCCACCUACAAACCGUCUUGCAAGGUUAUAAACAGGCUGCCCCAAACAACCAUGUGGACAUAAGUGGCGUAUUAUCAGGAGGAAGUCACUUCAUCGACGAGGAUGAAUUCUUUGACCCACAAUUCGACUAUGAUUUCACCAAUUUGAGAGACACCGAGACUUAUUACAGAGGUGGAGAGGUGUAUGAACGCCCAUGUGGUUGGCAGCGUUUUGCCCUCAAGGUCCAUGAUAAGUAUGGUGAAAAUACCUGGCUGGGAAACAGAUACCGCAGCACAGAGUCAGUGCCAGGAGAGUGGCCUGUGUCCUACCAUGGGACAUCCAAGGCAGGUGCUGAAGGCAUCAUCGCAGGAUUCUACAAGCCAGGCAAUGACAAGGGACGUCAGGUGUAUGGCAGGGGGAUUUAUUCUUCUCCAUACAUCUCUGAGGCGAUCCAAUACUCCAAAACAUUCACCUCCAAAAAGACGGGCAGGGCGUACAGAGUGAUUCUGCAGAAUCGUAUCAACCCCGAGUACAGGCAGAAACACAGGCAGAACGACGAUUACUGGCUGGUUUCCAUCCCGGAAGGGACAACAGCCAAAGAAGAGCAGAAGAUGGUAGAAAGGGCCAUCCGUCCUUAUGGCCUUUUGUUGAAAGACAUCUCAAACCCUGAGGAACUCUGCUCUAUUGUAUAAAGCCUACUAUUUAAAAGAAAAAGCACAGUGGUGAGUUUUUUUACUUGUUCCUUUGCAAACUCCAAAUUACUUUUCCUAAGCCUAACUCUGAUUUUGCUGUGAAGUAGGGUUACAGCAGUGUACCGGUUUUACAGUAUACCAUGGUAUAUUCAAAUUGAUCAUACUAUGAACAUUUGCUAGUUUAAUUUUUGAGCCAUGUUGAUGACAAUUACUAUACAUUCUAUAAUGUAAAAUGGGCAUAUCAUUUUCCAAAACAAUUAAAUUUUGAGUUUCAA